AAAAAACCGGGCCAACAACGACCUUAUGAUAAACUCUCUGCUUCCCAGUCCGUCACUCACACUUCGGCUCGCUGCCACGCAGAGCUUCAAUUCUUGACUGCUGAAGUGUCGACGCCUAAAGUCCAGUACAGCUGACGGACUCAGAUCCACUGAGAGUAAUUGCAUUAUCGGUUAAACCAAUUGGCACCAAUGCUGCGGGUGUUGUGGACGCUGGCGCUGGCGUUGGUUGUGGUGCGCGCUGCGGGCUCCACUAGCAGCAGUGGUGAAGAGAUCGAUGACCAAGUGAAGGCCUGGCUAGAGAAUUAUAUGGAGGACGGCGAGACGCGGCUCUUUCCGAACGAUAUUAAGAGCGUAUGGGGCAGCACAAUCGGCAGUAGCCUCACGGCGAAUUGGAAGGCUCUGCCAGUCGUGUGCGACGGCAAACCGUCCGUACAGACCAAGUCCAGCACACUCACGCCCAAUGGCGGAUGCCCCGAUGUCUAUACGAACGUCGGCGUGAGCUGUACGUGUCUCGAGGGCUACGCCAACUCCACUGAGUGGGAAUUUUACAUCCAGUCACGGACGGAGCUGACGGACCAACCGCUAACACUCGAAUUCGGUGCCACACUUGGACUCACGUCACUUGUAACUAUCGUCGCUCCUGACGACCUGACGUCCAUCAAGAUCGUCGGAGUCGGAGAAGAUGCGAUUACGCUUAAUGUCACGGCCGAAGCUACUGGAUGGGACGACUACGACACGUCCAAUCCGUCCUUGAUCGAGGUGGGCACUACAUCGGCAUUACAGAAAAUGUGAGUGGCCAAUUGUUGUGUUUUUGUACGAUGAGAAAUGAUGUACUCACAUGUUUAAUUAUAUGCUGUCAGUACGAUGGAAAAUAUCGACCUGUACUCUGCGUUGGAUGCGUCGACGGACUACAUCCCUCUUGCCAUCCAGAAUCUGACCCUUCGGUAUACAAAUAUUAGUCAGGUGACAUCGACGUUCUUGCAGGGUUUCGCCAGUCUCGAGUACCUGGAUCUAUCACACAACAAGCUCUACGGCACGUACUCUCGUAUCUCAUCACAAAUGUGCACUGCCAACCCGUGUCCACUCAAGUCUAUCAACGUGAGCAACAACGCGUUGACACAGAUCCCGUACCGCAUGUUCUACUUGAACCAGCUCAACAGUCUUUACUUGGAGAACAAUGCAAUCCAGAAUUGGACCGUCUCGAGUGAACUGUACGAGAGCAUUGCGGGGCUCACGAAUUUCAACAUGGACCCACCUACUGACUCGUACGCUUGCGACAAUGGCACGUGGAUGGCUGCACACGGAAUUGACUUCUGCGUCCUGGACAGCACGACAGCGUCGACGUCGUCGGAUUCUUCGUCCAGCAGCAACAGCUACCUCAUCUACGUGAUCGUGGCGGCCUGUAUUGUGGUCUGUGUCUUGAUCUUCGUGUUCAUCCGACAGCGUCGUGCUCACAACCGUCGCAAAGACGGCGAUGAGUCGGUGUUUGACCACACAUUGUCGUUCGAUUCACAUUUCACGGCUAACACCAACAUUAUCAACGAUCCUCUGAUCAUCGCGCACCGUAUUCCGUUCAAGGAUGUUAAAGUGGCCAACUGCAUCAACAAAGGAGGCUUCGGACUCGUGUAUAGUGGUGUGUACAAUCGGCGUCGUGUGGCUAUUAAGCGCAUUAGAACGGAUCUAUGCCAAGAUAUGAAGCAUGUGGAGGCGUUUAUGAAGGAGAUCUGCCUCAUUUCGACACUGGAACAUCCUCGAAUUGUCGAAUUUAUCGGUGUGGCGUGGGAUACCCUGCGCAAUCUAAGCGCUGUGACGGAGUACAUGGAGCGUGGAGACUUGCGUGAGGUACUGCGUAGCUUCCAGCUACGUAAUACCCCGCUAACUUGGGAAGCUCACAAGCUUCGUAUCACACAGCAUAUCGCUGAGGCUUUGACGUAUUUGCACUCUUUGGAUCCCAAGCUGAUCCAUCGUGACCUCAAGUCCAAGAAUGUACUGCUGAACACAGAGAUGGAGGCCAAACUGAGCGACUUUGGCGUGUCCCGUGAGCGCCACGCUAUGGAGACGCACAUGACGGCAGGCAUCGGGACGUCUUUCUGGAUUGCUCCUGAGGUUCUACUAGGCAAGGACUACGACGAACGUGCCGAUAUUUUUUCACUAGGUAUUGUCAUUUCGGAGAUUGACACCGAGGAUUACCCUUACUGGAACGCGAAGAACCCGCCUCAAGGAGGAAAGGUGGAGGAGACGGCUAUUCUCCGCAUGGUCGCUGCUGGAGAGCUCAUCCCGGACUUCACGGAAAGCUGUCCCAAGGCUGUGCUGGAGCUGGCGAAGGCUUGUUUAUCGCUUAACCCAGACGACCGGCCGUCCGCUACAGAAGUGGUGUAUGCUGUCCAGCAGAUCAUGAGUCGUUCGUCUGUGAGUUAUGGUGGUGCGAGUAUGGACUGGUCGUCAUCUUCGUCACAACCCAUGUCGAUAUAAAGCUGGACUAGUUAGAGUUUAAGUUGUAAUGUCAAUAGCGUUGAGAAGUAUCAACAAGGCACAUCUGACGUGGUAAUCAUGUUCUCUAACUGCUCCGAACAGCACCA